UUGCAGAAAGAAAGUGAAAGAGAAAGAGAUCCCAUCUGAGGUACUUGUGGCAAUGAAUAAGAAAAUCACAUCGUCAUCAUCAACAACUGCAAAGCCCAUAGGCACAGUUUUGCCAUACCAAACCCCGAGACUAAGGGACCACUAUUUGUUAGGCAAGAAGCUUGGGAAAGGCCAAUUUGGUAUCACGUAUCAAUGUACUCACAAGGCUACUGGCAUCCUUUACGCUUGCAAAUCAAUCCCAAAGCGCAAACUUUUAUGCCGUGAAGAUUACGAUGACGUUUGGAGAGAGAUUCAGAUCAUGCAUCAUUUGUCUGAGCACCCAAGUGUGGUGCAGAUCAAGGGAACUUAUGAAGAUUCUGUGUUUGUUCACUUGGUUAUGGAGCUUUGUGCAGGUGGGGAACUUUUUGAUAGGAUUGUGGCUAAAGGACAUUAUAGUGAAAGAGAGGCUGCUAAGCUUAUUAAAACUAUUGUUGGUGUUGUCGAGGCUUGUCAUUCUCUUGGGGUUAUGCAUCGAGAUCUCAAACCUGAGAAUUUCUUGUUUGAUACUCCUGCUGAUGAUGCCAUUCUCAAGGCUACAGAUUUUGGCUUGUCUGUCUUCUAUAAGCCAGGACAAUAUUUUUAUGAUGUUGUUGGGAGUCCAUAUUAUGUUGCACCAGAGGUUUUGUGCAAGCAUUAUGGACCAGAAGUAGAUAUAUGGAGUGCUGGUGUUAUCCUUUACAUCUUGUUGAGUGGGGUUCCACCAUUUUGGGCAGAAACCGAAUCAGGAAUCUUCAGACAGAUUUUACAUGGAAAAAUUGAUUUUGUAUCUGAGCCGUGGCCUAGUAUCUCUGAAAGUGCAAAAGAUCUGAUAAGAAAGAUGCUUGAGAGAGGUUCAACGCAAAGAAUUUCUGCCCAUGAAGUCCUAUGUCACCCAUGGAUUGUGGAUGAUAGAGUUGCCCCUGACAAACCUCUGGAUUCUGCUGUGUUAUCACGCUUGAAGCAGUUCUCAGCAAUGAACAAACUUAAAAAGAUGGCUUUGCGUGUCAUAGCAGAAAGACUUUCUGAGGAAGAAAUUGGUGGCUUGAAAGAGUUGUUCAAAAUGAUUGAUACAGACAACAGUGGGACGAUAACAUUUCAGGAACUCAAAGACGGUUUGAAGAAAGUGGGGUCUGAACUAAUGGAAUCAGAAAUCAAGUCUCUAAUGGAAGCUGCUGAUAUUGACAACAGUGGAACAAUUGACUAUGGUGAAUUCCUCGCUGCUACACUGCACAUAAAUAAGACGGAGAGAGAGGAGAAUUUAGUUGCUGCUUUCUCCUUUUUUGACAAAGAUGGUAGCGGUUACAUCACCAUAGAUGAACUUCAACAUGCUUGCAAAGAGUUUGGUCUAGGUGAUGUACAUCUGGAUGAAAUGAUUAAAGAAAUCGACCAAGAUAAUGAUGGGCGAAUAGACUAUGGGGAGUUUGCUGCAAUGAUGAGAAAGGGUGAUGGGAUCGGAAGAAGCAGAACUAUGAGAAGCAACCUGAACCUCGGUAUUUCUGAUGCCUUCGGAUUGAAUGACCCAACAUGCGAUACUAACUGAAAAUCAACCUCUUUCGUAGAGAGCUACAUUUUGUUAUACUGAAAUCAAUGGUUAAUGACACUGCCGUCUCAUUUGAGUUGCCUAGGGUGUCUAUGAUUCUUUAGGUUGAUGAUUUGGUUUUAUUCAACUGAUGCACUUAAGAAUGUGAAGAUUAAGAUUUUGCCUAUCCUUAAUGUUUAUUGGAAAUGGCACAGCUGCUAAGGUUUUCUGUAGAAUAAAUAUUCAGUCUAGUCACUAAUUGUCUGUAUUAGAUAAGACAAUUAUUCUUUCUUGUAAUGUUCUAUUUUUAAUGAAAGAAUAAUGUCUGGAGUUUAAACUUAUUUACUUUCAUUCAUUAGUGAUGAGUAGAUACAAGAAGAGAUAUGAGAUUCGCUUAUUUCAUCCGCAGACUACAAUCUUUGAAUUUUAACUAAACAAAAGAUCAAUUAAUGAUUCUGCUAACUUGAUCUUCUGACAUGGUCUUCUCUAACUUCUUUUGAAUCCUUGAUCUCCUUUAAAUGCGCCUCCGGAGGAGGG